UCCUCGACCUGUGAACAAUUAUGUCCGGUGAUUUGUUGCAAACAAAAUGCGAUGUGUGCACUGAGACCGCACAUGAACCGUAUAUAGAGUGUGGCGAAUGCGAAACAAAUUUAUGUACUAAAUGCUUUGCGUCCGGCAAAGAGGUUGGAUCGCACAAAAAUGAUCACAAGUAUGCAGUACGUAAGAAUGAUAUUCCUUUGUUCGACAAUUGCAACUGGUCAGCAAAGGAGGAGUGCAAACUGCUGUCGGCACUAUCAACAUACGGAUAUGGUAACUGGGAGGACAUAUCCAAAAGUGUGCACACACGAUCGAAGCUAGAAUGUCAGGAGCAUUAUAAAAAGUAUUAUAUUGAAAAUGUUCAGUAUGAAGAGUUAAAACUUCUACCCGAGACAAAGCAGUCCUUAUUUCCUAAACCUUUAAUACCAUAUUUGUACAGCUCAGAUGUAAGUACGAACCCUCCUAGAAAUAACCAAUCAGAUCCACAUUUGGCUGGCUACAAUGCUUAUAGGUCUGAAUUUGAAUUGAGUUACGAUAACUAUGCUGAAAGCUUGUUCAAUAUUGAAGAUGAGUACUCUGAGGAUGAUGACAAUCUAAUGGAUGCACUCAAAAUAGCAUUGGCUAACGCUUUAAAUACAAGACUUAGAGAACGCCAAAGAAGAUAUAAAAUAAUACAAAAUCAUGGACUUAUAAAACCAAAUAAAUUAAUUUCAUGGUUACAAAAAUAUAAUCCAACACUGACUAGAUACAAAUGUGAGAGACUCACGUCAUUCAUGCAGUUCAUGACUGGAAUGCAAUUUGAUGCCUUCAUGGAAUCAUUAAGUUUAGAAUCGGAAUUAAUGCAGAGAAUAACGAGGUUGGGCGAGUCGAGAAAGAUUGGGAUCAAAACACUGUAUAGUGCAAACCUUUACAAACAGUUGAAAGUCGAGAAUGAUUUGAUGGUGAAGGAACAGAAGUAUGUGACGACCAUCAUGACAAAGAAGUUUAAUAAACAGUCGCCAACGAAGAAUAAGAUAUUUGAAAAAGAUAGGAAAAUGAAGAGGCCAACGCUGCCGUUAGAAAUUAUAGACAUGCCUGGCUUCCAAGUGUUAACAGACUCUGAGAAGAUGUUGUGUUCAAAUCUUAGGCUUAUACCCAAAAAUUAUUUGGAGAUCAAAUACCAGCUUGUAGCGGAGAACGGCAAAAAGGGAUUCCUACGUCUUAUGGAUGCGAGAAAGAUAGUCAAGAUAGAUGUGAACAAAACGCGAAAGAUAUAUGAUUAUCUAGUUACUGAAGGCUAUAUUAUUAGCCAAAUAAAAUAAAUAUUUCCACUACAUAAAACUUUGUAUUAAUUAAUUAAUCAUGUUAAUAUUAAA